GUUCUUGUCAUCGUACACAAAGAAAUUUAUUGUCAUGACCAACUCUGUUCUUGCGCAUUAAAAAUAAAAAUAAAAACUCGAAAAGCCCAGGAUAAGAUGUAUGAAGUCUAAAACAAAGUGAUUCCGGACUUCUUUAUUAUUGUUGACUCUAAUCAGCAAAACAUUAUCUUUUUCACUUUUGGUAAUUAGAAAGAUCAUUUUUAUUCGUCUCCCCCAAAAGGUAUUUAGAAACUAAAAGAAAGAAUGAGUUUGACUCUUAAGCUAAUAACUCUGCUUCUACUUGCCUUGAGUCACCAUGCUGAAUCUGGUUCCAUCGUUAAGUUCCUUCCGGGGUUUGAAGGCCCUCUUCCUUUCGAACUUGAAACCGGAUACAUUGGUGUUGGUGAUAAAGAGGACCUACAAAUGUUCUACUAUUUCGUUAAGUCUGAGAAUAAUCCGCAAGAAGACCCUCUUCUUAUUUGGUUAACAGGAGGACCUGGAUGUUCUUCUCUUUUCGCCAUUCUUUUUGAGAACGGGCCUUUGGCUUUGAAGUUCGAGCUUUACAAUGGAACUCUCCCUUCUUUGGUCACUACUACAUAUUCAUGGACAAAGAUGGCCAACAUAGUAUUCUUGGAUCAGCCUGUUGGUGCUGGCUUCUCCUACUCAAGAACUCCACUUCUUAAUAAAGUUAGUGAUACAGGUGAAGUUAAGGUCAUCCAUGAGUUUCUUCAAAAGUGGCUAAGCAAGCAUCCAGAGUUUUACUCCAACCCAUUUUACGUUACCGGAGAUUCUUAUUCCGGUAAGAUUGUUCCGCCACUCGUACAAGAAAUCUCAAGAGGGAAUUAUAUAUGUUGCAAACCUCCCAUAAAUAUCCAGGGUUAUAUCCUCGGAAACCCUAUAACACAAAUUACAUCGGAAAACAACAGUAAAAUUCCAUAUGCUCAUGGGAUGGCAUUAAUCUCGGAUGAACUCUAUGAGUCGCUGAAAAGAAUCUGCAAAGGAAAUUAUGAAAAUGUGGGUUCGCGUAACACAGAAUGCUUAAAACAUAUCGAAAUUUACAACAAGUGUACUGACAAACUAAACACAUACCAUAUAUUAUUACCAGAUUGUGAUAUGACAUCUCCUGAUUGCUUUCUAUAUAACUACUUUCUCCUUAACAAGUGGGCUAACAACGAGAGAGUUCGCAGAGCUCUUCAAGUCACUAAGGGGAGUAUAGGUGAAUGGAGGCGAUGUAAUUAUGAUGUCAUUCCGUAUAACUACGACAUUCAAAGCACCGUACCAUACCAUAUGAAUAACAGCAUUAGUGGCUUUCGAUCUCUUAUCUACAGUGGUGAUCAUGAUAUGUUGGUGCCUUUCAUUGCAACUCAAGCAUGGAUAAGGUCUCUCAAUUACUCCAUCGUCGAUGACUGGAGACCUUGGAUGGUAAACGAUCAAAUCGCUGGAUAUACGAGAAGUUAUGCCAAUAAGAUGACAUAUGCUACUAUCAAAGGAGGUGGACACACGGCAGAAUAUAAACCAAACGAAACAUUCAUCAUGUUCCAAAGGUGGAUCAGUGGCCAGCCUUUGUAAUAGAGGCUAAUGGCCUUACGGUAUGAUUAUAAAAUAUAGAUAUGCAAGUUUGUAACAUAAAUACCGAUCCGGCUUCCAGGAUUUGAAGAUUAAGGGUCCGAUUGGUGUUAAGGCUUUCAGGGUUUUGUGGGAUUAGAAAGUUUCUAAAGUUUUUUUUUUA